AUGAAGAAUACAGCCUUCAGGAGGGACGAAUCGACGAUUACCGGGGAUACCCAUGGGAGAAAUGACAGGCAGAUGAAUAGCACGAAUACCGCUCCCAGUAGUCCCACUAAGAGGAGAGAUCCUGGGUCUACCACGAAUACUGGUGCAAGAAAUGUUGCGCAGAUGAAUAACAGAAAUACUGCCAUGACUAAUGUUCCUAGGAUAGGCGGUAGGAAUGACAAAAGUAGGAAGCCCAGAUUGAGUCCCACUAAUCCCUCCAGGAGGGGUGGAUCAACGUUUACCAGGGAUACUCAUGGGAGAAAUCACAGGCGGAUGAAUAACACGAAUACCGCUCCCAGUAGUCCCACUAGGAGAGGGGAUGAAUCCAGGAUUACCGAGGAUACUCGCGGGAGAGAUGACAAGCGGAUGAAUAACAGGAAUGAACUGCCGAGUGAUGCUUCUUCCAGGACGAAUGCCGUUAGGAUGAGUUCCACUAGUUCCACCAGGAGGUAUGGUUAUUACAUAAUGUCACUACAAAGAAUACAGCUUUUAGGAGAGACGACUCUAGAAAUAAUAGGAAAACUCUAAAC